AGAUUGAAAAAUAAUGGAGAAGAUUGAGUUGGUUUUGAUCCCAUUCUUUGGAGUAGGUCAUUUGAUUUCCAUGGUUGAAAUGGGAAAUCUUCUAAUGUCUCGAUACCCAAAUCUUUCAACCACUUUUCUCAUCAUCAAGAUCAAAGGCGGGCCACCCGUCGAUUUACCUUCUAUAAUCACCUCCCUUUCCGAUGCCGACCGUAUUCGGUUCCUCGAAAUCAGUCUAGACACUCAAGAUUCGGUGCCGGAUCCUCACGCCAUGUUAAAUUUCUUGGAUCUCCACAAACCUAUUGUUAAGGAAACAGUCGAACGAGAAAUUAUAAACCGUUCCGAUUCGGGCCGGCUCGCCGGGUUCAUCUUCGACAUGUUCUGCAUAGGAAUGGUAGAUGUCGCCAAGGGGUUUAAUGUUCCUGGCCAUGUCUUUUUCUCGUCUGGUGUCUCAUUCAUCGGACUUAUGUGGCAUUUCCAGACAAUUCAAGAUCAUGGCCAGAAUAUUGUCGAUUUUGAUGGAACUGAUUUUGAACUUGAUGUGCCGGUUUUUAAGAAUCGUUAUCCGGCAAAGGUUAUACCGCCGGUGAUCAUGGAUAAAGAAGGUGGCUCAAAGACUUUUCUCAAACUUUUUAAUAUGUUAAGAGAGUCAGUAGAUUAUUUUCGAUUGCAGGUGGACGGGAUUGCGGUUAAUACUUUCGCAGAACUAGAAUCACACGCCAUCAAAAUCUUAUCGGAGGAUGAGAACAGUCCACCGAUUUACCCGUUGGGUCCGAUCAUAAAGCUAAACAAAGAAAGUGAUGAAAAGUCAUCCGACAUUAAAAGAUGGUUGGACAAUCAACCUUCAUCAUCAGUUAUUUUUCUUUGUUUCGGAAGCAUGGGAUUCUUCCCGGAGGCACAAGUAAAAGAGAUAGCCUACGCAUUAGAAAACCUAGGAAAACGGUUUCUCUGGUCACUCAGGCGACCAUCGUUAACUGACAAGAAGAUACCAUGGAUCACAAGCGAUUACGAAGACCCAUCUGAGGUAUUACCGGAAGGUUUCCUAGAACGAAUGUCAGAGAUUGGAAAAGUGAUCGGAUGGGCACCGCAGAUGGAGGUUUUGUCGCACGAGGCGGUUGGUGGUUUUGUAUCGCAUUGUGGUUGGAAUUCGACGUUGGAAUCGGUAUGGUGUGGGGUUCCGACAGCGACUUGGCCUAUUCAGGCGGAACAGAAUAUGAAUGCUUUUUUUCUGGUGAAAGAAGUGGGAUUGUCUGUUGAUGUUAAGAUGGAUUAUAGGCAAAGUAUGUCUGAUGAAGAUUCGUCGACGUUGGUGCCGGCGGAUGUGAUUGAAAACGCGUUGCGGCGGUUGAUGGAUGAGAGUAGUGAGGAUUGUUUGGAGAUGAGGAAGAGGGUGAAGGAGAUGAGUGAGAAAAGUAGGAAGGCGGUGGUGGAUGGCGGUUCUUCUUAUGUGGCGGUUGGUAGGUUUGUGGAUGAUAUUAUUUUUAAUAAGAAGAAAAUAUAG